AUGCUUUCGGUGCUUGGGAAGCUCCUUCACAGGCGUGCCAGUGUCUCCUCCAUCACCACCUUUCAUGGCGGGUCUAGCUUCCAUCGUCUGAAACAGCUUGAAAAAUGGAAUCGUCGUGGUAAUAUCUAG